AUGGAAGAAGGGCAAGGACGGCAAGGACUUCGCAGCACUCGCAGCGGCCAAUCCCAUGUCAAGCAUAGUCGCCGAGCUCCAGGCUUUACUGAGGGACGUGAUUCUCGAGGUCGGCUCACGCCAAGCCAAGCUUCUGAACCAAGCCGCGCCUUUGGCCGGGCCGUGGAGAGUGCAGGCGCGGAGAGGCAGUGGUUCCAGCUGGGCCCCGAGGAGGUAUUCUUCCUUUGCCAUGCCCUGAAGUGCGUCGUGGUUGAGUCGGAGAGCAAGGCGUGGAUGGGUGUACCGGAGCUGUGGGAUCUCUUGGUAUCCACCUCGGAGCAAUUCCCGGAGAUGUACAGGGCCUAUGAACACCUUAGGCUGAAGAACUGGGUUGUAAAGUCGGGAUUGCAGUAUGGGGCGGACUUUGUAGCUUACCGUCAUGGCAUCAUCAUCCGGCACUUGUGCACUCGGAGUUUGCCGUGA